UAUAUUACCCUCGGGCCAUCUGGCAACUCGCUAGUUCUGCAAACAGCCAUGUAGAAUAAACAAAUUGACAACUAACAACUUACAUAUUUCACCAACAACAACCGACAUGCCAAAAAAAUCUUCCAACGCAGGCAGGAAGUAAACUAGAAUCAAUUAAAUUAAGUAUUUGCGUCAACUAUUAUGUCUGCAGCCAAUAUGCCAACAACGCCAGGAGCUCAGGGAUCGGGAAAUCAAGUUCCCACAACCAGCACUACCAUUAUAAGCAACUUCCGGGAGCUGAUAAAGGACCCGAAGAAUCUCGACGAGGCGGCCAACUAUCUGUACCAAACGCUGCUCGAUGACGCCGUUGCCGGGAUUUUUAUCGAGACACACCACCUGCGAAAAUCGGGAAAUCUGGCCGCCUUGGACGGUGUGCCGGAAGACUCGACCUAUCGUAUCUGCGAAAUGCCAAACCUGGACAUAUUCGGCAUCUCGACGGCCAAGAAGCCGAUGGACUGCACCUGUCCCAACUGUGAUCGUCUGGUGGCCGCUGCCCGUUUUGCUCCGCAUUUGGAAAAGUGCAUGGGCAUGGGUAGGAUCUCAUCGCGGAUCGCCUCUCGCCGUCUGGCCACCAAAGAGGGCGCCUCAUCUGCCCACCUGCACUCCGCGGGAAAUGCUGGAGGCACUGAUGACGAGGACGACGUGGACUGGUCGUCAGAUAAGCGCCGAAAGAAAUCCAACCAAAACUCGCGUAAUAACGGCUCCAAAAAGAACAAUGGCAAAACUUUUUAGCUCUAAGAAAAGAUCAUGAUCGGGUGUGAAUUGCCAUAAAAGAAAAUUUUAAAAUCA